AUGUCCUUCGUACCUCCUCCAACUUCACCACUGACCUACGGAUAUACCGAUCACAUCGUACAUUCCAUCAACAAGGUAAUUAUCGCCUUACGAGUCUUCCCAGCAACAGAUGACGGGACAAAAAGACCGUGGCUGAUCUGGGUUCACGGAGGCGCAUACAUCGCUGGAAAACACUUCAACCCUCCCCUCUUCCUGCUCCCAGCAUUCCACGAUCAAGCAAACUACCACAUCGUCACAUUCUCCCACAGAUCACUACCCCAAAUUUCUUUCCAAGACAUGUGGGACGACAUCACCUUCCAAUUCCACUGGUGUCUGACCAACCUCCCCUCAUUCAUCGGAGAAGAUAAGAUCGAUAUGGAUAAUUACGGUAUAGGAGGUGAUUCAUCAGGUGGUCAUUUCGCUACAUCAACAGGAUUUAGAUUAUCUCACACAUCACCGCCUAAGGUCAUUAUCAGUUUGUAUGGAGUUGUCAACCCCCUCGAUCCAUACUUUGAACAAGAAUCGGAAGAUGGAAUCACACCUGAUUAUGGUACACCACCAAAUGUUUUGACGAGGAUGUUGGAAGAUCGUGAGAAAUCACGAGCUAGGAUAUUCGCUCCGUGGAACUGGGAGAUGCCACCUACCCUCACACCUGAGCAAUUAGAAGCUUACUGGGGAUAUAAGUAUGAAAUUACCGAGGAAGAUAAGAGAAGGAUGGAUCUGAACAAUCGUAUACACCAAAAGGGGAUGCGAAUGAAUUUGUUAUUCAGAGAAGAAACUUUUAUUUGGAAAGAGAGAUAUGUAGAAAGAGUGAAGAAGUGGACCGUACCGGUUGAGCGAAGUAAGAGAUUUGCUGAGGGUUUGAAGAAGAAGGGUGUGGUGGCGAAGGAGAUUUAUCCAGAAGGUAAAGGACAUACCUUCGAUUAUGUCAUUACUGAGUAUAUCCAGCCUCUCAUCUCAUUUGUCAAGAUCCAUCUUGAGGAAUGA